CGACCGACGCGACAGAUCGAGAAGCGUCGAUCGCUUCGAGCGGACGCGCGGGGUCGAUCGCGGUUCGAUCGAGGGCGGACGCGCUCGCGGGUCCACGCGCGCGUCGGAGGGUUCGAUCGUCGCGGGGUUUGAACGAACGCGAGGAAAGGAAGAGGCGUCGUCGCGAUGUCGGCGGAGGGGCUCCCGAUGACGGGGUACCUCCCCACCGCGCAGCAGAACUUCGCGGCGAUGAAGAAGGCGUACGCCGCGGGCGACGUCGCGAAGACGUCGUCCCUGCUCGCCACCCUCAAGGUCGCGCUCACGACGUUCCCCGCGCUCCCGCCGCUGUGCGCGCACACGUCCACGGUCGAGAAGGAGCUCCUCCUCGCGCGCGACGUCCUCGAGUACGCGGCUCUCUUCGCGGUGUCUCAAGACGACCACGACGCGGUGGAACGCGCGUGCACGCAGCUCAAGACGUACUACGCGGACAAAUACUGCGUGACGAGGAUGAAGCGCUCGGAGCGGCAGAACCUCAUCACGGGGCUGAACCUCACGCGUUUGCUCGUGCAGAACCGGAUCGCGGAGUUUCACACCGAGCUGGAGCUGAUCCCGGCGGAGACGCAGGCGGAUCCGCGCGUCAAGCUGCCGAUCGAGCUCGAGCAGCGGCUCAUGGAGGGAUCGUACGAUAAGAUCCUGAAGCAGAGCAAGGCUGCGCUGCCGAGCCCGGAGUUUGGGAACUUCAUGAAGUCGCUGACCGCGACCGUGAAGGACGAGAUCGCGGCGUGCAUGGAGAAGGCGUACGCGACGCUCUCCGCGGCGGCGGCGGCGAAGAUGCUCGGCAUCGGGUCGGGCGUGGAGAUGAACGCGUUCGGCGAGUCCAGAGGGUGGGUCCGGAGCCCCGACGGGCUGAGGUUCGUGUUUCAGAAGGAGAAGGCGCCGCCGAGCGCGAAGGAUAUUCCGAGCGGGACGCUCAUCGCGCAGACGAUGAUGUACGCGAAGGAGCUCGAGAGGAUCGUGUGA